UUAAUAAAAUGUAAAAAAUCAUUUUAAUAAUAAUGUCAACUGAAAAUAGAACUGAUAAAACAAAUAAUAAAAUAAAUGAUAAAAGUGAAGCUUGGAAGGAAAGGAAGAAGUAUUUCAAACUACACAAAUGUUCUUUGACUAACGUGACAAAUAAAUAUGAGAUUAGAUGCAAUCGCCUUAGAAGAUUCAUUUUGGAACUCACUGCGGUUAAUUUUAACGAUAUAAGAGCUAUAUCUAUGUUUAAGUCCUACGCAAGCUUGUGUGCGGAGAAACACCGUCAAUUCACCAAAUACCCGUUCACUAUACAUCCGUUCAGCAAACUACGUAUCUGGGCAGAGGCGGUCGUUUUCUCAACCCUCCUCAUUAUGAUAUUGCUGGAGCCGUUAUGGAUCGCCAGCAGAAAUCCUAGGGAUGACGAUGCUCUCCAUAUUAUAAUAGCAUUUAACCACAUCGUCUUUGUCGCCGUCAAUAUCCAUAUCAAUUUCUUUACCGGCUUCAUAGACGGUAAAAACAGACAACGCAUAGAAUUCAACCAUUACAAGAUCUUAAAGAACUAUUUCUUCUCAUGGAUGCUAGUGGAUUUCAUGCAUCUGUUUUGCUCGCUCCACGAAAUGUUUUCGGAUAAAUUAAGCUACACUCAUCUUGUGCGAACUGUGUGCUCCGUUUUGUCUGUUGAGUACGUCGUUAUGUUAAAGUAUCAUAGCAAUAUAUGCACGGUUUUGAGAAUAAAGGUGCCUACAAAAACAGCUCUAGAGCUCUUACUACACCUGACCACAUAUUUGUCUUGGAACGUGAUGAUCCAAUUCGUGAUCGAGUAUUACAUAGAGGGGGGCUACGAGCCCGUGCGGCCGAGAAGCAGCUCCUGGAUUACUAUUGGAGACUUGUGGGACAAACCGGGGGAGGUGCGGCUUAUGUAUGGGCUUAUGAGGGCAGUGAGCAUGUUAAGAAGGAAUUCGAAUUUACAUCUCCUGCUGUACGAUGGGGACUUUGAAAUAUUUACCACAUUUUCCUUCAUUAUUGCCCAAUGCGUAAUUUUACACUGCUCCUUCAAAUACAUGAUAGCUCUAUUCGGCACGCAAUCGUCAAAAGCGAAGUACUACAUGGUGACCCAGCAGGUCCGGACUUAUAUGAACCAGAGACGCUUUCCGCCGUGGAUUAAGAAGAAAGUUCUCAAAUUUUAUGCGAUCCGGUUCAGGUCGCACUUCUUUGUGGAGUCCACCAUGUUAAACUGUGUCACCGGCCAACUGCACGAAGACAUCAUUAUGCACACGGGCCGGCUUUUGGUGCGUGAAGUGAGGUUCCUCAAGCAACUGCCAUGGGCUGUGCUCAUCGAGAUCUCUCUCAAGUUUCAGCUUGCUGUCUUCAUUGAGGGGGACAUUAUUUAUAAGAUUAAUACUAUGGGCGAUUGUAUGUACUUUAUAAAUAAGGGCACCGUCGCGUUGUACACGGAAUCUGGCUACGAGCUGGAUCACCUUGAGGACGGCGAGCAUUUCGGCGAGACCACGCUUAUGACCGAACGCAAACUACGCUUUGUCACGGCCGUGGCUGUCACUAACUGCGAGCUGUUUAGUUUAUCGCGCGAGAACUUUGAGAUUAUCGAGCGAUAUAGAACGGCGUAUGAUGAACUUAGGAAGGUUGGUGUUAAACGACAACAGUGGGCGAUGGUGAUGGACGAACAGUAUAAAGCUCAGUUGAGAGAACAGAACAAUGAUAGAUAUAACUCAAAUAGCUAA